CCCAACAAGACUACAAAUGGAAUAGCCCAGUUCUCUGCUUUCGGCUACAAAUUCUACAAGUGAAAAGAGGAAAAAAGCAGAAAUAUAACCAAUUCCUGCAGCAAGUGAAAUAGGCAAAUUAUAGGCAAUAUUUUACAAUUUUAAAGAAACUUAUAAACAAAACUAAGGAAACCCAGAGGAGUCAGUGCCAAAGCGAAGGGUUUGAGGUCGAGGACUCUACGCGCAGAAUCUGCAUGUCAGCGAAAAACCCACCGAAAGGCGUGAGAUUUCAGAUCGAUUAUAGCCACAACUUCUGAUCAAACAGCGGAUCCAUUAAGAUGCUCAGUUCGCUGGACGCGCUGGCCGGCAAAAUAGCCACUGCCACGCCCGGAACGGGGGCGGUAACGGCGGACAGCAAGAACACACAGUCGCUGCACCACCACCACCGCCUGGACUAUGACUACUCAGCGGUCGAGAUCGAACCACCGGCGGAACAACUGGCCAACUCCCCGCGCAGCGAACGCGAGCGUUUGCAGCAGGCCCAACAGGCCUACGAGCAGCAGGCCCAGGCGGAGCUGGAGUUCGGCCUCGCGGAGGUGGACGCCAAGUUGACGCAGCUGAAGAGCAGCCACAGUCUGCAGCACCACCACAACCACAAUCACCACCACCAGCUGCAGCGCCAUCCGCCGCCCCACCAGCAGCAGCAGCAGCUGCACCACCAUCAGCCCCACCACAACCACCACCACCAUCAUCCGUACCAGCGACCCAGACCCACAUCGCCACCGCAUCAGCAGCAUCAGCAGCAGCAGACGCCCUCCUACCAGCAGCAACUCUCCCAGCUGGCCGCUCUGCAGGACCACCACGAUCUGCUCCAGACGCAGCAGGAGCUGUUCCACAAGCAGUUGGCCACCAUGCAGGAGUACCAGCGGGAAAGGGAGCGGGAGCGCGAGAGGGAGCGCGAACGGGAGCGGGAUCGCAGCAGCUUCAUCGAUAACAGCGACUACGAUUCCCAGACGGAGUUCAAAAUUUGCCUGAGGGAUAGUGCUUUUGGUAUGAGUGAUAAGAGCAGCAGUGCAACGAACAGCCUGCCGAAUAGUCCCAUACACAGCAACAACAACAAUCCAUCGCUGCUGAACAACAACAACAAUAACAACAGCAGCAACGGCACCAGCAGCAGCAACAACAACCUAAACGUCGGCAGCAACAACAACAGCAAUCCGAGCCUGGGCGGCAGCAACAGCAACGCACUCGUUUCCGUGGGCAGCAACGGUAUAAUGUCCGCCGCCGGUUUGGUCAACAACAACAACAAUCCGUGCAGCGCCAACCGCAAUGUGGUCGCCAUGGUCGACGACGACGCCUGCUUCCGGCUGGACACGGACGCCACGGUGACGUACGGCGAGAAGGAACCGGAUCCGGACAACAUCAAGAUGUUCGUCGGCCAGGUGCCCAAGUCGAUGGACGAGUCGCAGCUGCGCGAGAUGUUCGAGGAGUACGGCGCCGUCCACUCGAUCAACGUGCUGCGGGACAAGGCCACCGGAAUUAGCAAGGGUUGCUGCUUUGUGACGUUUUAUACGAGACGCGCCGCCCUGAAAGCUCAGGAUGCUUUGCAUAAUGUUAAAACGCUAAAUGGGAUGUACCAUCCCAUUCAAAUGAAACCCGCCGAUAGCGAGAAUCGCAAUGAACGCAAACUGUUUGUGGGUAUGCUAAACAAGAAGCUGAACGAGAACGACGUUCGCAAGCUAUUUGAAGUCCACGGAGCCAUCGAGGAGUGCACCGUUCUUCGGGACCAGAACGGACAGAGCAAGGGCUGUGCCUUCGUCACAUUCGCCACCAAACACGCUGCCAUUUCGGCCAUCAAAGUGACAUUGAGCCAGAACAAGAUCAUGGAGGGCUGCACAUCGCCGCUGGUCGUCAAGUUCGCCGACACGCAGAAGGAGAAGGAGCAGAAGAAGAUCCAGCAGAUCCAGGCCAACCUCUGGAACCUGGCCAGCAACAUCAACAUCCCGCUGGGCCAAACGGCCACCAGCGUGACCACGCCCAUCCUGCCCAACCCGCCCCAGCAGCCUUCGCCGGUCCUCGGCGCCGACGCCAUCACCCCGGCCUCCAUCCAACUGCUGCAGCAACUGCAGGCGGUUGGGCUGCAGCAGCAGUUGCUGCAAGCCCUCACAGGACUCGGAGCCCAGCAGAGCAGCUCGGCGACGGACACCAGCGCAGUGGCGGCCGCAGGACUUCUGACCCCGAUGACCGUCCAGAAUCUGGCGGCCAUUGCGGCCAUGACGCAGCCGAGUCUCUCGAAUGCCGCCGCGGCAGCAGCCGCUGCCACAUCGCCUGGAAGCGCCCAACUUACCAACACGGCUGCGCUGCUCUGGUCCGAUCCGAAUCCACUGGCAUCGGCUUAUAUGUCAACAGCCGCCGGUCUGCCGCAAUUCGGGAGCGCCAGUGCAUUGUCCACUUCUCCGCUGGCCAGCGUUGCCCUCAGCGCCGCCGCCGCCGCCGCAGCGGGAAAGCAGAUUGAAGGACCCGAGGGCUGCAACCUCUUCAUCUACCAUCUGCCGCAGGAGUUCACCGACACGGAUCUGGCCUCCACGUUCCUGCCCUUCGGCAAUGUGAUCUCGGCCAAGGUGUUCAUCGACAAGCAGACCAGCCUGUCGAAGUGCUUCGGCUUCGUCUCGUUCGACAACCCGGACUCGGCCCAGGUGGCCAUAAAGGCGAUGAACGGCUUCCAGGUGGGCACCAAGCGCCUCAAGGUGCAGCUGAAGAAGCCCAAGGACUCGAAGCCCUACUAGGGCUUCGAAGCCACCAUCGGCAGCGAGGACACAUCCCCGGACACAUCGAGUAGUAGAGAGGAACACUGAGAUUUGUGAAAUAUGGAGUAGUCAAUGAAUGAAGAGUUGCCCGUGUAGAGCGCGCGUUGCAAGAGCAAACGAUGAUGCGAAUGCCAACGUUGUACGUAUCAUACAAAAACCAAAAACAAGAGCAGAAAAAGACAUGAAAUCUGUGCCAAAAAAAGAAAAGACAGAAUCACUUAUGAUUUAGCACGUUAAAUGUUGAAUUAGAAAGAAAAAAAAGAACAAAAAUCAAAAAGAAACGAACAACACAACACUUAGACCGUAGAUUAGUUAACUUUCUGUUGAAGUUCCCUUCGAACCCAAUUUUUUACGACUCGUUUUUCUAAUUUUAAACUGUCGUACGAGUUGGUUGAACCAUUGCCUUUUAUUAAAUAUUUUGUAUACAUCCUCAUGACUCACAAACGAAAGUAAAAAAAAUAAAAAACAAAAAAGAAAAAAAAUAAUUACAUAGAUCUGUUCAAGUGUUAGGUUUAAGUUUUUGAUAUAACUAAUAAUUUAAUACACACUCUUUCUCUGUUUGAUUUGUUCAUCUCUCAUGUUGCAAGUCACAAUGAAGUUCUUUAUUAUAAAUAUAUACCCACAUGAUAUAUAUUCUAGUUAUAGUUACAAGUUACUCGUUUUGUUCAAUGGAUUAUCUCUUUUUAUAUAUCUACAUUUAUGCUGACUCGCAUAAUUAGUUUUUAGUUAUCUGAUUUGUUACACCCCCCAACUAACUCACAUAUUUUACUUGUAAUGAAAAAUGGAUAUGUUUUUGUUAACCACAUUAUAAUUAAUACUUCUUUAGUUUUGUAAUUAGUUGAACAAACAAAUUCACAUACGCUUCUCAGUGUUAUUUAUGCGAUUUGUAAAGGAAACGAACUAUGCCUAAAAAGACAAAAACCAAAUGAAAAUGAAAAAAGGAAAUCUUGUUAUUUA